AUGCCUCCCAAGAAGCAUAAGAAUCCAAAGACCCCCGACACCACCGAGCCACUCAGCGAAGAGGCCCUUCUUGGACCAAAGAGCCGAUUGGGACACUGA